AAAAAGCCCUAACUAGCCAAGCAAGGAGAGUACGUGCAGCAGACACUCAAGGUACCUCUUUGGGGCCAAGGAAGGAGUACAACCCGAGCAAGAAUCAUGCCAAGGCUCUCCCCUGUCCUGAAGCUGCUCCAAGCGCCUGUGAAGCAUACACUGGUUCCCAAAGCCCAUAUCUCUGCCAAGCCAGCCCAAACCCCGACUUCCGCCACGGAGCAGGCUGUGGGGAUCUCGGUCAUAUUUGUCGCCAUCUUGGUUCCUGCAGGAUGGGUCUUAUCCCACUUGGAAAGCUACAAAAAAAGCUCCACAGCAUAAAGUGGCACAGCCCCGAAAGAAUACAUUAAAUUCUCCCGUCGACCUAG